AUGUUAAUAUGUGUGCUAUUCUUUUUGAAGCUUUUAUUAUACUCAUCGAUUGCAACAAAACCAAAAUUAACAUUUGAUGAAUUUUUCGAUUAUACAGAUUUUGUAUCUCUGAGUUUUUCUCCUAAUGGUAAAUAUUUACUAAUUGAAACUUUACGACCAGAUUGGAAUUCAAGUACUUACGAAAAUAAUUUUUGGUUGUAUGACGUAAAAACGAAGAAAAAAAAUCUUAUUUUGACAAAUAAAGGCGCAUCUUCAAAACCACAAUGGUCGCCAAGUGGAAAUUGGAUUGCUUUCUUGAGAACUGAGAAGACAACAAUGAAUACUACAAAACAAUAUAAGCAUUAUCAACGUUCAUUCGAAAAUGUUGAAAAAAAGCAACAAUUUAUUUAUCUAUAUUCAAUUAAAUCUAAGAAAGUAUUACCAAUUUUAAUUGGAACUGAAAUCCCGUCAACUUUAGCAUGGUCCGAUCGUGAUUCAUCUAUUUAUUUUAUUACAACUAAGACAAGAGAAACAGAUGACGAUCAAAUCGAAUGGAAAGAUGUGAUUGACUAUCGAAAGAGUGUUCAUAACUAUGUUAGUACUAUUAAUUGCCUUGUUUUCGAAAGAAAAAAUAAAAAAUUAUCGGUGAAAAUACGUACUAUUCGAGAUGUUCCUUUUCUAAUUGGCGAACUAUUAUUUAGUUCUGUUGUCCAAAAGCUUGUAUUUACGUCAAUAUCGCUGUUAACUGAAUAUAUGGAAUACUUUGAAAUAUACUCAAUUGAUCUUCAAAAUUCGAAAAAAAUAUCUAGAUUGACAAAUAAUAAUUUAUUUGAAACACAAUUAUCGUUGUCAAAUGAUGGAAAACACGUCCUUUUUCUGCAGCAAAGUCGUAGUGUGAAUCAAAAAGAAGAAUUUGCUGAUGUACAACGGCGACUAAGUUCCUUAGAUUUAACAACUGGUCACAUUGAACGGUUAGUAAAAGAUUUUUCUGGCAAUCUUAUCGGAUAUACGUCUAAUCCUAAUGGUGGUGUUUAUAUACUCGGACAACUGAGAACUGAAGUUCAUAUUUAUACACAAAAGUCAUCAAUGAAUAACACAAUUGAUUGUCGUGGAUGGAAUGGUACUUAUCAUCUUAUUUCAUCAUCAUCUGUCAGUCGAAGACAUACAGUUGCAUUCGUUUAUUCGUCUCUCGAAAAACCAAAGGAAGUUUAUAUUAUUGAUGAUAUUAAUCAACUUCAAUCGGCGCGUGCAAUAACAAACGAAAAUGAUCUGUUUACUCGACGACAUUUACCAAAAACUAAAGUUUAUACUUGGAAAAAUGAUCAUGAUAAUCAAACGAUCGAAGGAAUUUUACAUUAUCCACCAGGAAAAUUCGAAUUUAAAAAUUUACCUCUUCUUAUUCUCAUUCAUGGUGGUCCAUAUGAUAUGAGUCUUAAUGCAUUUGAAGCAAACUGGUAUAAUUGGGCUCCCAUAGCAGCUGUUGAAGGUUGGUUAGUUCUUGAACCUAACUAUUGUGGAUCUACAGGAUAUGGUGAUCAAUUCGUCAACGAUAUUCGUUUUCAACCAUUGUCUCGACCAGAAAGAGACAUUCUUUCAGCAGUUGACAAUCUAAUCAAGGAUGGUACUGUUGAUCCAAAUAAAUUGAAUGUUGGUGGGUAUAGCUAUGGUGGUUUUCUAACAAACUGGUUGAUUACGCAAACCACACGUUUCAAUGCUGCAUUAUCUGGUGCCGGUGCAAUCGAACAUGUCUCAUCUUGGGGUACUAUGGAUAUACCAUUGCUUUUGAAUUAUUUGUUUGGAGGAUUUCCAUGGGAAGUACCAGAAAUAUACAAAAAUCAAUCAGCUAUUUAUCAUUUAGAUCGAGUACGCACUGCAACACAUAUAAUUACUGGCGAAGAUGAUGUUCGAGUUGAUGCAGAUCAAAGUUACAUUUUAGAACGUGGACUUCAUAAUUUAGGAAUACCUGUAAAAUUAUUAGUUUUUCCAAAAGAAGGACACGGACUAGAGAAUAAUCCUUGGCAUGGAAAAAUAAAAGUUCGUGAAGAACUCAAAUGGCUUGAGAAGUAUGGUCAUGGAUCAUAA